UAAAUGAAAAUUUUCGGCAUAACUUAAUUAUGGUUCCCACAAUGCUGUCUACGAUAAUAAAGACUUCGGUAUAGGGUAACUUGAGGAAAUUUGGCAUGAAAAGCAUAAAAUCGACACGCUCAGAUUUAGUUGUCGAUCGACAUCCCGUCGAAGCGCUUCACGAUCCAUGGCCUUGAUAAGCAAAGUAUCAUACUAACACACAAAAUCAGACGAGAGCAUUUUAAAGUUUACAAUCAACGUUAAUAAUGGGUUUUGAUAAGCUAGAGAAACACCAUCGAUUUGGAGCUCGUCAUUGGCACGUGAUUAUGCUAUUCCUUAGCGUUGUCAUCAAUUUCUUUCAACGAGUUAGCAUCUCCGCUGCCAUUGUGCCGAUGACUCAAUCCACAGCCGGUGCUCCUUACUACGAUUGGACAGGCUAUGAGAAGGGAAUUAUUCUGAGCAGUUUCCUUUGGGGUUACGCGCUAUCCGCGGUGCCAGCAGGAUUGCUGGCAAAACGCUUUGGCGCCAAGAUAGUGAUUCUCUCAGCCACUGGCAUUGGUGGCAUUGUGGCUAUAUGCUAUCCCCUAGCUGCUACGAAUGGUUGGGAAACUGUGGUUGUGUUGCGCGUUUUGACGGGCAUUGUGCAGGGUGCCAUCUAUCCAUGUGUGCACACGUUGGUGGCCAAAUGGGUGCCACGCACGGAACGCGGCUUUCUUACCACAUUCAUCUACGCAGGAUCACAGUUUGGCUCAGCCUUGGUUAUGGUGAUCAGUGGAUUUGUGUUUGAGUCCAGCAUGGGAUGGCCGGGACUCUUUUACAUCACCGGCGGACUAAGUCUGGCUUGGGCACUGCUCUAUGUGUGGCUGGGCGCCAAUGAGCCGGCAACCUGUCGCUGCAUCAGCAAAGGCGAGCGAAUGUAUAUCGAAAGCUUGACGGGCAGCAGCAACAACAGUCAGACAUUGACUGUGCCGUGGAUGUCGAUCUUGAAAUCACCCGCUUUCCUUGGCUUAGUCGCAGCACACUGCGGCUUUAAUUUUGGCUUCUACAUGCUGCUCACCGAGAUGCCCACUUAUAUGAGCAGCGUACUCCAACUGGAUGUCAAAUCGAACGCUGCGCUCUCCUCGUUGCCCUACUUUGUCAUGGGGACUCUCUGCUUUGUGGUCAGUCCCAUCUCCGAUCUGCUCAUCAAUCGUGGCACCAUCUCCGUAACCACAGGACGCAAGCUCUUCAACUCCAUUGGGCAAUGGGUGCCCAUGGCGUGUCUCAUCGGACUGGGUUAUAUGACUGCGGGUGAAACGACCGAAGCUAUUGUGCUGCUGACAUUGGGUGUGGGCAUUACUGCCGCCUGUUGUUGUGGCUAUCUUGUCAAUCAUGUGGAUUUGUCGCCCAAUUUCGCUGGUACAAUGAUGGGAAUAACGAACGCAGUGGCAAGUUUAAUAUCGAUUCUGUCCCCUUUAAUGGUUGGUGCUAUCUUAACGGAUGAGACGGAUCCAACGCAAUGGCGUGUAGUCUUCUUUGUGACAAGUGGCGUAUACUUAAUAUGCAAUACGCUUUUCGUUGUGAUAGGCAAGGCGGAAGUGCAGCCUUGGAAUGAUGUUCCCAGCAUAUCAACGACAAAUCCUUCAACAUAAUGCUAAUUUUAAACCUCACC